CGCAUUUAACAAGUCACGUAUGACACAAUCGGAAGUAGAUUGGCGUCACGGAAGACGAACGAUAGGGAUUUUCCGGGUUUCCUGGUUAUAGUGCCAACACGUGAAUAUAUAUUCAUCAUUCUCAUCUUUCCUUAUGAUGUGUACUACAACGUAAAUCGAUGGAUGUGUGUGUUUACCUAUUUAUCAAUUGAAAUAAAAAUCUAUAUUUAAAGGAGAGCUUCAAGUACUCGGAAGAGAUGAAGAAGAAAAGCAUACAAACUUUCCUGAUAUUUUUUCCUAUAUUAUCAAAGUUAACACAAGUCGUGAUAUGCGAGGGAGAAUUGACUCUGAAUUCUACAGAAAGUUCAGCGUCUGAAGUUUAUAAUUACACAGAAAAGAAUGCAGAAGAAUACGGAAAUUAUAGUGAGCAGUUUCUGUCGUGUCUGAAAACAUUAAUCGAACUGGAACAUUUUCAAAUACUAGAAAAUGAAACUGUGUACAUCCCGAAUUAUUCAUUUCUUUCUCAUCGAGGACUUUACUCGCCAGAAAAUUAUUAUCUAACUGAGAAUGGCGUAUACGUGUGUUUUCCAGAGAUUUUCAUCAAAGAACAUAAAGAAGAUUGUUACAUGCAAGAAAUUUUACAAAUUACCACUGUUGUUGGUCUCUCGUUGUCUGUCGUUUGUUUAUUAUUGCACGUUAUAGCAUAUCUUUUAGUACCAGAAAUGAGGAAUUUACCGGGUAAAAAUAUAGUAUCGCUUGCCCUCUCUAUGCUCGUAGCUAAUUUAAUUUUCAUGAUUGGAAGGAUAAAAUUCACAUCCACUUGGACAUGCUACCCUCUGGGAUUAGCCAGUUAUUAUUUUAUGAUGACGCCUUUCUUCUGGAUUAAUGCAAUAUCAUUCAAUGUGUUUCGUUCCUUCAGACAAGCUACAACUAAACUGCGGUUGACGUCGAAACACGCGGAACUCAAGAAGUUUUUCUUCUAUUCCUUAUAUUCCUGGGGAAUGCCGGCAUUGUUCUUGAUCGUAGUGAUCACAGGAGAAGAAAGUGCAAUAUUCCCCGAAGAUUUAAAACCGGGAUUUAAGUCACGUUUACGAAUAUGUUGGUUUACUCGACUAUGGUCCAUGGUUGUCUUCUUUGCAAUUCCCAUAGGUCUUCUAAUAUUUAUAAAUAUUUUAUUCUUCGUAUUCAGUGCCCAUAUCAUAUUCUCAAGCUCCAUGAAACUCGAUAACCAAAACAACGGAAAAAAGAAAAAGUUCGUUUUGUACGUAAAACUUGCAAUUAUAAUGGGUGUAGGAUGGAUUUUUGGACUGCUCACGUAUUUUAUAUCCUCGGUGGUAAUCCAAUUCAUUAUGAUUACGGUGGUGACGCUUCAGGGUGCUUUUAUUUUUGUGGCAUUCACUAGAUUUAGUAAAACCAAAACGAUUUUACUUCAUCGGUACCGUCGAUUCAGAAAGUCCAUGGCUUCGUUAUCCACGUUUCGUAGUGAAGAACGUAGAUCCAGUUCUAAUAAAUCCACUGUAACCACCACCAAUUCCAAUUCGUCUUGCAAGAUAAGAUAUUAAUUAAGUAAAUGAAAUUAUUACAAAAGGCGGUAAUAUUAAAAAAAUUGAAUUUUUGAGGAGUCACGUAUUAAAGAUUUUC